AUGUUGUUUCAGUUUAUUCUAUUGUUCUCCCUAGCUCUUUCUGAAACAUGCACACGUCAUCCUGUAGUGAUAGUACCAGGAAUCAUGGCUUCUAUGUUAAAUGCAGUAGUCCAUAUUCCAGACGACGUAGACUUUUGUGAUCGUAAGUUAGCCUGUGAUCGCAACAAAGAUGAGUUCCGACUCUGGUUAUCCUUAAAAGAUGGGAUCCCCUAUAUGAAUGAUUGUCAGAUGGCUUAUUUAACAUGUCACUACAAUGAGACAAGUGGAUUAAUGGAAAACGUUGAAGGUGUCAAUAUCUACCCUCCUGAUUUUGGAAGUACUUAUGCCGUCGAUGAAAUAUGUCCUUCAAUUCCUUUGAAAAGGUUUACCAGAGCCUUCCACGAGAUCAUUAAAGGUUUAGAAACGAUCGGGUACGUCGACAAAGUCGAUUUGUUCUCUGCACCGUAUGACUGGCGUUAUUACCAUCACGACGAUUACUUAGAAAACACUAAGAAACUCAUUGAAGAGGCCUAUAACAAGAACCAACAAAAAGUCGUCAUUUUGUCACAUUCAAUGGGUGGAAUGACUACUUAUAUUCUCCUCGACUACUUUGGAAAGGAGUUUUGCGACAAGUACAUAUUACGUUGGAUAGCCAUGAGCACCCCAUUCAUUGGAACGGGAAUUGCAAAUGACGUGGCACUUGGGGGAUAUAAUAUGGGCUAUCCUGUUUCUAAGGAACUCAUCAAAAAGACGGCAAGGACGUUUGAGGCUCUUGUGAUGAUGGCGCCAAUAGGAGGAUAUUGGAAUUCAUCGGAUGUUCUAGUGGAAAUGGGAGAUGGGACCACAUACACAGCAGAUACUUUGUGGGAGUUGUAUGAGCAAAUUGAUUUGAUGAAACCAUUUGCUAAGAAAGCACUACAAGAAUCGUUUAAACCGUUUUUGGAUAAGUGGGAGUCAAAGGUGCCAUUUGAUGUUGAAAUGCAUUGUGCAAUUACAAGUGGAUUGGAAACGUCUGGGAAGAUCACAUUUAAAGGAGACAUCGACUCUGAUUUUACUAUUGAUACUGUUGAUGGAGAUGAAGAGGUUGCAAUUAACUCUUUAGAAUACUGUAAGAUGAUGACGUCUAAUUUUACUAAUCUUGGGAAAUACAAUCACCAAGGAAUGCUUCUUGAGAAAGUUACCGUCGACUACGUCAAGAACUUGGCUUGUUUCUAG